GACUCGCUCGCGCGCCUCGCUGGAGCGUCAGAGCCCGCGGUCACUCGCACCCUUCCCGUUUCCUGCUGCCACUGGACCUGAGGGCGCGUGGACCAGGGGCGCCUCAAGAUUAGACUGCGGAAGGGGAGCAGGUUUGUGGGUCCAAGUGUCGCGGCGGCGCACUCGCGGCGAGAAUCCGGACGAGGAGCAGACAGCAAGGAUAGGCCCAGGAGCAAUGGCGUCCAAAGAGGAACAAGCAGUAAAAAAUCUCAACAUGGAAAAUGCUCAAAAGGAAAACAUAGGGCACCAGGUCCCUAUGCAGAAUGGGGAGGAACCACGCCAUUUGGCCGGGGGCAAAGCCCAGAAGCCUGGAGGAAAUGUCAGACUGGGAUGGGUUAGGCGACUUGUCCCUAAUUUUAGAUGGGCUAUAUCAAACAAGCGUGCUGAUCACAAUGAAGUGGGAGAUAAUGUAGAAAAAAUCGCAAUGCAGCGGAUGGAAAUCAGGAGAAAGACUAGGGAGCAGCAAAUGAGACAUGAUAGACGUUUCCAAACUCCUGAACCUGAUAAUCAUUAUGACUUUUGCCUCAUACCUUGAAUCCUAGGGUUUUCCCUGAGGUUAGUAAUGUGUCCUGUGCUCUAAAAACUAGUAGUUUGUGAUUUACUUUUAUGUAAACCUUUUGGUACUAUUUCUUACUAAUUUUUAAUCAAAUAUUGUUUUGUCUUAGUGUAAAACUCUGUCCAGCAGGGUAAUUUCACCCAGAUCUUGGAGAAAAUAGUCUUUUCAUGGUGUGAAAUUAAUAAAGCAGUUUAAAAACCUAUCUUUCUCAACCACUCCAUUUUUUUAUUUUUUGUUUAUAUUACCUUUACUCUCUUAACUACCUGGACUCAAAAUCUCAAUCGACUUUGACUAUUUUUCUUGUACCCCACCAAUCAGUAAAGAUGGGUUCUACUCAUAAUUUAACAACUGAUACCACUUUAAGAAUGCACUUUAUAUUAUUUUGCGGAGUGUGAAUCUAUGAUGUGCAUAAAAGCAUCUUGGUGGGGGAGAUUUUUGAGAAUGUAUGACUCCUGGCUCCUAUCCUCCAAACUCACAAAGUCGGGAUCAACAAUCUCCAUUUUUUAGCAAAUUCCCCAGUUAAUUCUAAUGUACAACAAAGUCUGGGGGCAUAUUGUAUGUAUGCAUGUAGCUAUGUGUUGUCAUA